AUGCAUGAGAGGCUUAAGCUUCUUCUCUGGAGAAUUGUCUGCAACUGUCUUCCGGUCCGGGAGAUUCUUAGUAAAAGAUUCCCAAUUCCUAACAUAAGCUGUCCAGUAUGUGGGGAAGAGACUGAAACUGUCGAACAUGUCUUUAUUCACUGCCCCAUCACAGUCCAGGCUUGGGCUAACUCAGUUUGGCCCCUAAACAUGAAUGUUUUCAAAGAUAUGAAUAUUGAUCAGUGGAUAAAGAUUAUAAUUAAUCCUCUUGAAAAGUUAAAGAUCCAAGGCAAAGAAGCAAGGGAGUUCUCUCUUUUUGCAGUGGUGCUCUGUGACCAAGUUUGGAAGAAUAGAAACCAAACAAUGUGGGGAAACCAACCAGUAGACUCAAUAAAGCUCUCCAUCCAAAUAAAUAAGGUAUUUUCUCAACACAAGCAAGCUUGGCUUUCUUUUCUUGGGAAUAAAGAGAACUCCCCCUCAUGGAAGCCCCCUCCUCUUGGAUGGAUCAAAUGUAACUUUGAUGCAGCAGUGAAGCCGGAUAAGGUGGUGUUGGCAGUGGUUUGCAAAGACAACAACGGAUCCAUAGUAGCAGCUGAUUCUCAAGAAGAUUGCCCAGGUGAGCCAUUAUGGGCGGAAUCUAAAGCAGCUCUCUUAGCAGCUAGUUUGGCCCGUAAAGAAGGUUUUGCUAGAGUUGUGAUUGAAGGAGAUGCCCAAUCAGUGAUAAAGGCUAUCCUAAACCCAUCUACAACUCCUCAUUGGUCCAUCAAUGCUAUCAUUGAGGAUAUUCGGCUGGUCCUUAACUCUUUUCGUAUUGUUGACUGCAAUCUUGUGCACUCCGGUGUCCAAGAAUAUGGUGAAAACCAUGCAUGGGGUAGUGCUGACCUCUCAAGCAUGGAAAUAGUGAAGAUGUGGGUCAACGAGAAGGCGAGCUAUGACUACAACUCUAACUCUUCAAUUGAUGGGGUGUGCGGCCGCUAUACUCAUGUGGCUUGGAACAACUCAGUUUGUGUAGGAUGUGCUAAAGUGAGGUUCAAUAAUGGAGGGACAUUCAUUGGUCACAACUAUGAUUCUUUUGGCCACUACGUUUGCCAAAGGUCUUACUAA